AUGGAUGACUUGCUCCAGACUCCCGGUGAUGUCUGGACUGGGCUGGUGCGCACACACGGUGCCGCAGCUGCGACGUGCCUGGCUCACGGGCAAUCUGCCCUAGUGAAGGGCAUCGAAUUCGAAGAGGAUCGCCUGGUUGCGCUCUACAACAUGAAGAAGGUCUAUGACGAGACCAGUGCAGCCUGGCUCCUUCUAUGGCAGAAUGACUCCAUUUAUGUCUUCCAUCCCGGACACGAAGGAAGUGAUCCCAAGGCAGACAACAGGUCCAGGCCCUUUUAUGGGGUGAUCAAGCUGGCUUGGGAACAGCAAUGCGCAGCGCUCUUGUUGGAGAAUGUGAAGGGGGCCCUUGAUGCCAACUACAUCCAGGAGGGCAUUCAACGCUUAGCCUGGAGCCUUCACAUGGACAUCGUCCAGACCAUCCUCAACCUGGACCGCACUUGGCCUUGCAGAAGAACGAGAUGGUGGGUCCUCAUCAAGCCGGUGGAGUACAGACUUCAUGGAGUUCCUGACCUUCCUGAUGAUCCUUUGCUCCGAGUGGUGGGGCAAUUGUUUCCCUUGUGGCCACGAUGGAGCUUGGACGAGGAGGAAGAAUUGGAGCUCACGGAUCAUGAGUUGGAAAUCCUACGAGAUCGUCGCUAUGGCAAUGACCUGAGGCAAAUCAGCCGAGAGGACGUUGUCCCAUGCUUCUUGCACAGCUACAGCAACCCUCUCCGAGGUUGUCCCUGCGGAUGCAGAUCUGUUGGAUUCAGCACCUACCGCCUUCUGCGCGAUGGGGUCAGAGGAUUCUUCAUCAUCAGCAUGGUGACGGGCAAACAGCGAUGGGUACAUCCACGUGAGGCAGCCAUCCUAUGCGGACUUGAUCCAAGGAUGCAAUUUCCCAAAGAUCUUCGAGCCGGACUGUGUCUUGUGGGGCAGUGCGCAUCACCCAUUCAGGCUGCCUGGAUGGGAUCGCAUCUGAUUGAUGCAAUGCAGGCUACACAGGGCACUCCACAACAGAUGCUCCUCCUCUACAAGAUGUGGCUCCUUCGACAAGCCCAUGGUUUGGUGCCGAAAAGAGCACUGGCACCACUACGCCUGCGGGAUGAGGAGGAAUGCACAGAGAUUGACAUGCAAUUGGGUGGUUCGACCACGGUCAUUGACGUGUUGGAGGCAGAGAAGCGACUUCAAGGAGGUGGCUAUCUUCUGAGCGUCAUGGAUCUGUAUGGCAAACUCCCAGAGGGUUAUGACAUCACUCAGGGAGCAGUUGCAGGAUUACUUGAUCUUCAACACCGACCAAAAAGGCAGAAGAAAACGCUCGAGCUCAAGCGGAUCAUGGUCACUAUUUCUUUGAAGCAGGCAGAUGGGAGCAUUGAGGAACACAACAUGGAGAUGAUGUCGGGCACCUUCGUCUUUGAGGCCAUGCGAAACAUCCCAGGUCUUCCACAGGUCUACUACAAGCAGAUCUUUGACAACGAAGGCAAUGAGUGGAGGCUGGACGAGAGGAUUUGGCAGAACGUGACCUUUGUCCAGUAUCAUCUACACAAGGAGAUCUGUGCCUGGGGAGCAGUGAGCCCGUGUGAGAAAGGAUUGGGCAACGAAUGCAUUGACAAGUGGGCCAAACGAAUGCUCCAUGAGAUGGACCUAUUUGGCCUAUGCACAUGGAUUCCAGCCCUUCAGUGCUCGUUGCUUGUGCAUUACACCGAUGAUGUCAUGCUGAACCACUGGCUGGUGGCGGCGCUUCAUGGAACACUUCGUGGAUGUGCUGUACUACAUGGUCACUGGGUCUAUGUCGAGGUGAAGGUCACGGGCAAUAUGCUGCAAGUGAAAUGCUGGGAUGGGAUGGAUCACCAAGCCAGAAAGUUGAUUUGCCGCUUUGCAGAAGCAGCCAGAAGAAUUCUGGUCAUCCGCACUCUUGCGGUUUCCUUCAAUGCCGAGUUUUCGCAACGAGAUCGUGUACUUCCUGAUGAAGAAGAAUGGUAUGCAGCCAUGCAGACUCACAACGCAGGCAGCCUCUAUGGGCUGGGACGUCAUCAAGAAGAUGAAGCAAUUGUGUUGGAGCUGCGAGACAUCUUGCAUCACCAUGGAGUUCCGCUUGAGAAGACAGAAGAACGUGCAUGUCAUGCCAUCAAGAAGAUUGGAGAAGGACCCAUCACCACGGCACUUCGCAGCCGCAAUGCAUGGGCAUCAUUGAAGGCCUUGGGAUCGCAGCCCAAACACAACUUCUUAUGGGUGAAGCCGGAUGAGCUGGAGAAGCAAAUCAAGUUCAGAGCACAUGCAAAGUACAAAGCCUCGGUCUCAGAGAAGAAGAAGGAACCAGGUCAUGCUGCUGGACACCGGGUCAAUAUGGAUCCCAGGUCUUUGGGACUGGUGGCCGGGACUUUCGUGUCAGAAGAUGGUCGAGACCUGACUCAGCUGGACAUUGAAAGCGUGGCCGCUGACAAAGCAGGUGUGGCAUUCGGAUCGCUUGAGGACGUGGGCCCAUUCCUGAGGGAGGACAAGUCCAUCUCCAUGGAUGCCCUUGCAAUCAUUACCACGACUCCAGUGCCUCCGUCGAGCCAAGGGCUGAUGCCUGUGGUCAAUCUCCGCUUCCCGGCGAUCUACAUCCCUACGAAAGAGAUCGUGCUCAUUGAGGGAUCCCUGGUCCAGCUUGGGGACUGCUCGGUCAUCAGGAAGCAGGAUGCCAGCAUGGCUUCCAUGCAGCCGGUGGAGACCCAGACUUUUAAAGUCUUGGUUUGGCAAGAUGAGACGCAAGGCAGAUGGAAGGACUUCACAACAGCUCCGGUGAAGAAGAUCAUCGAGGUUUUGCCCAGGUUACUUCUAUGCCGUGGUGACCGAUGUGGCCCGGGCUGCAAGCGCUUCCAUGCUCCAGUGGACUGUGAGCUUGACCAGGUGGUGGUGGAUCUGUGGAAUCGAGGAUGGUAUGGUUCAAAAGGAAAAAGGGUUUCUCCGGAAGAAGCAGAGCAUUUCCAGGUCCACAUGAGGAUUCCGAGGAUCUGCACAGAAGGGCUCCAAAGCAGAUCUGGCCAAGAUGGAAUCUAUAUGGAACCCAGACGUGAGGAUGGGAAAGGCCCAGCAGAUGAGUUCACAGUCAUCUGGCUUCCGGGACUUGGAAAACAAGAAGCUUUGCACCGACUGAAGGUCAGUGACCGUGGAGUGGCUCUUGCCAGAUUCGGCAACCGUUUUGGGAUCAGAGUGUUGGGCCGCGAUGCAGAGGCUGUGCACAAAGACAUCUUCCCGGACAAGCCUUUCCAGCACGUGAAUGUCCAAUCGGUCUAUGAGUUGCGGCCGCUGCCCUAUGGCAUUCAAACUUCGGGGAUCAGAGAGCUGCUGAAACAAUGGGGAUGGAAAGCCAAGGUCCUCCAACCCUACAAGGCUGACCAGCAUGGACAAGGGUGGCUAGUUGGCGCUGAGACCCCCCCGCCGAUGAAUGUCUUCCAGACGAGCAAUGGCGAUGUCUUAGUGACCAUGCACAAGCGACAGACCCCGGAGAAGGCCGAACAGACAAUUUUGGCACCCACCAAGACCAAGUCCUUCCUGAAGAAAGCACCAGCUCGUCCCAAUCGAGACAUUGAGAAUGACAAGGAGAACAUCAUGCCAUGGAGUGGGAUGGAUCCAUGGGGAGGCUACAACAAAUUUCCAGAAGGACAAGAUCAUGAUGUACCGAUGGCCAGAACUUCCAAGAUGGACAGACUUCAUCAUCAGGUACAUGAGGUGGUUGAAAGCAGUCUCAAGGAUGCCACAGAGCAAAGAUUCUUGCGACUCGAGACUGGCAUCACGGAGCUGCGAGAACAGAAUCAGAAGUUCGAGACCUGGUUUGGGGAGGCGGGGCAAAGCACAGCUGCGCUUAGGGCGCCGGGUCACCACAGGGCGAAGAUUUGGAAAGCUUUGGUUCUCCUGUGCUCUCUUUUUGCAGGAGCUCAAGCAGAUGUACAAACCUCUUCUAUGGGGACGGAGAUGAAGCAUGAGGGUGGCAUCAUCUCUGAACUUCACACGUUUGAAGAUGUCAAGCAGACUGCUGAUCUCAGGACCGUCCACACGGGAAGUGAUCGUUUUGCAGUUCUCACGCACAGCUUCACAGACCAGUUCCUGGAGUUUUUGAGACAACGCCAGCAGGCGGUUGAAGCUGCAAAUCAGAUUGCAGCAGAAGAUGCAGACAUUGAUGAUGAUGAUUGGGAGGAGGAAUCCCUGGGAGAUCGCACAGAAGGUGAUGUGACUAUUCUCCAAAAUCUUGGGGGAGAACGGCAAUGGAGGUUCUUCCGCCCUGAUCCGUUCCGCUUGGGGCGAAGUACUACGUUGCAAGUUCAUGUACAAGCACAUCAUACGUUGCAAGAUGUGGAAUUACAAAUCGUCCAACACUGGCCUGACCUGAGAAAUCCUGCAGCCAGAUGGAAACUUCAAAUGGUGCAUGGCUCUGUGGAUGCAUCCGUGUAUCUUGAAGCAGGGCAUGAGGCUUUCAUCGUGGAAGUGAACCAGGAUCUCCAAGUUGGACAAGUGCCCAUCAUGUUUGAGUACCAGUACUGGGAUGUCACACAGAAUCGGUUCUAUGGGAUACUUGAAUCCAGAGUACAUUCCCACCUGAUGAGAGGAAUUUCACUCAUGUUCAGGGAUGUGACAGGACAUGAAUGUCAUGCACGUCCUUGCUUUUCCAACCUGAACGGAAGUCCGUUGGAAGCCUUUGAAGAGUACACUGUUCAGAGCGGGGAUUACAUUGUUGUCAGUGGAAUCAGUACCUCGCGGGAAACGAUCCGCAUUCUUGGAUUUUGGAGCCCAUAUGCCACAGUGCGUGAGGUACCUUUGACGCAAGCAUUCUCACGUAAUGUCGGCCAAACUAUGAUGACUGAACUUGUCUCAUUUGAAAAAGGUCAGGCCAAUGCCGCGCUUCUUCAGCGCAACAUGGUGAAGGUGCAUCAUGACCUACAAAGAACAACCAAUGCGGAUCAACUACGGCCCGGCACCAUCUUGAUGAUUGCUCCUAUGGAUGGAUAUGAUCCUCAAGAAGUGCACCCAGUACGGAUGACAGAGGUCCAAGGACACGGCGCAGCUUUGAGUUCCCGCUUCUUAUCGAAGCGUUGGUGGAAGCAAAUAUGCUUGAGCACAGCUGGGACGGCAAGUGAGAUUCGUGCUCCGAAUGCAUCAGCUUCAGAGAGGAGGAAGAGGAAAUAUGGACGAGGACGAGAUAUUACUCAAAGCUUCAUGCCCUUCAACAAGGGAAACACAAUGCGAAGAAUGCGGCCGCCCACCAGCACUCUUUUCCUGAUGACUGCUUUGGUGUCCAUGAUGUCCCUUGGCGGAGCCAUGCGGGGCUCCACUGCCAAUUCGCGCUCGCUCAACGCACUCGGGGACAUGGUCCGGCGUAUUGAGAUUGGAAUGUCUCGAGGAGGACCUCGCUAUAUCCUUGGUGACUUCAAUCAUGAUCUUGAGGCACUACGAGGAUGGGAAGUUCUCCAAAGAGCGGGAUGGCGAGAUGUGCAACAAUUGGCCCAUGAACUAUGGGGUCAAGACUACCGCAUGACGUACAGGGACUCCUCCAUCACUGAUCAUGUAUUGGUCUCUCCGGAGUUGAUUCCCUACAUAGUGGAGGUUCGAUGUUGGAGCUGGUUUGCCGACCAUAUGGGACUCGGAGCUUGCCUUGACGUUCCCAUUGUCAAGCUGCAACAAAACGCCUGGCCACUGCCAGCUGAAAUUCCUUGGCAAGCAGUUCGAUAUGAAGACUGGAGACAAGCACAUCAUUCUCUCCCUCAAACGGCAGAUUUUGGUAUUGAUUACAGAGUUCAACACUGGGCCAGAUCUUAUGAGAAUAGCCUGGGUGGAUACUUUGAUACUGCAGUUGGUUCUCUGCCUACUUCCUGCCGUGGAAGAUGCCAACAAUCUGAACCAGUUCAGCGAUCAGUGGAAUGCCCUCUCGUCAAGCCGUCACGCCCAGGCGAGGUUCAGAUGAAAACUGACCUGGUAGGGCGGGCAGUUCACAGAUGGUUUCAACAAUUGCGACGACUGCAGAGCAUGGUUCAUGCUAAGAAUGCAGACAAGAACACCCCGGAAGCAAUUGAAUAUCGAUGCUCCUUGUGGAGGGCUAUCAGGACAGCCAGAGGAUUUGAUGGAACCUUUGAAGUUUGGUGGAGAACAAGACCCACUCAAGCUGCCGGCCUACCGGUGGACUUUCCACAAGAGCCACCUACCGCUGCUUUUUGUCGGGCCAUCUUUGAGGACUUUUUGAUCAACUACAGAAACUUUGAAUCAUGGCAUGUUCGACAUCGCAGGAAGUUGCUUACUGCCCAAUAUCAAGCCAACACCAACAAGAUCUUUGAGGUGACGAGAAAAGAACCAAGAGGUGGAGUGAACUACCUGGAAAAAGUCACAGCAGCAACCGUCCUCGGCAGCAGUGCUGAAACUGGUCAAGUUCAUGUUGAUCUUGGGCAUACUCUUCAAUUGCCUGCAAACCUACAUGUCAUGGAGCAGGUCAUUCCUAUCAGUGCGCAGGAUGACCAAGUCCUCACUAUAGAUGGUGAAUGGAUCUUUCAGGAUGGAAUCGAGGUGGAUAUCGUGGAACAAGCCUCGACCACUCAAAAGCUGCACCAACAAUUGGUGGAUUUCUGGAAAGCUCGGUGGUGGAAAAAUCCAUUACCAAAACCUGAAGAGUGGGAGCGUAUCAUCAACUUUGCAAAGGCAUUCCUACCGCCUGGCAGUUUAGCACAUGUGGACAUCUCCACGGAAUCUUGGAAUGAGAUCAAUCGGCGCUAUGGACCACGUGCAGCCCGAGGACCUGAUGGCCUUAGCCACAUGGAUCUUCGGAUGAUGCCCUGGCAAUAUCAAGAGCAGUUGGUGGACAUCUUGAAUCACUGCGAGAGAGAAGAGUAUUGGCCUGAAGUCUGGAGAACUGGCUUUGUGCACUCUCUAGAGAAGAGGGAGGGAGCUUCCAAAGUCAAUGAAUUUAGGCCAGUGAUCAUCUACUCUGUCAUCUACAGGUCGUGGGGAUCGUUAAGAUCAAAGAGGUUCCUCCAGUUCCUGUCGAAACUGGUUGAUGAGAAACAAUUGGGAUUUAUGCCUGGCAAAGAGGUGGCGGAAAUCUGGAUGCUACUGCAAGGACUCCUUGAACGAAGUGUGCAAGAAGGAGAAGAACUUCUGGGCUUUGUCACAGACAUCAAGAAAGCUUUUGAGUCAUUGCCCCGAGAGCCCAUUUUUGCAAUUGCUCGUCAUCUGGGACUCCCAGACAAGCCGAUGCGUUUGUGGAAACACUUCUUAGAUCACACAUCAAGACGUUUCCUGGUGAGAGGUGAGGCGAUUUGGCCGAAGGCAUUCUAUGGCGUCUCCAUCUGUACACUUGGCUGGGGACACAUUAAGACUCUUCGCACCGAGGCAAUGAAAGCACUGGGAUUUCAGAUGGCUGGCGCUUCGCCCGGACUCCGCUUGGGGCUGCUAUGUCAUGAACAAUGUGACCCUGGAUUCUUCCAGGUUUGGCAAGUCCUCACUACAUUCCGACGGAUGGUCCAAAAAAGACCUCUGUUUGAGCAAAUGUGGAAGGAGUACAUGGACCACUUUGAUGGCACGACCAAGCAGGGCCCUUUUGCUAAAAUGCUGGAGGUGUGUCAACAACUACGCUGGUCUAUAGAAGUGCCGCGGAUUGCCGACGCUGAUGGGUGCUGGCAUGACUGGAUCAGCAUGAAUGAGAAAGUGCUCUAUGAACUUGUGAAGGAUGCCUGGGCAUGGAAAGUGUUUCGAGAAGUUCAGAAACGCAAAGACCUUGAAGGCCUUCAAGGGAUCGAUAGAAGGGUUCUACUGCAAGCUCAUGCUCGAGUACGCCCGCAUCUUUUGAGUUCCAUCUUGAGGCUGCAGGAUGGAACUUUUAUCGAACCUUCUCAACAUGCCAAGUAUGACCUGAGCAAGUCAGCUCAAUGUGGACUUUGCGGAGGCGCUUUGGGAGGUCUUGGACAAGAUAUCGAUCGAGCUGAGCUGCGAGCGAUCAUUGCUGCUGUUCAGUAUGCAGUGGAUAUCCAAAGAAACACAGUGGUUUGGACAGACAGCACAUUUGCAGCAGAAGGUUUGGUUCGGCUUUUACGAGAUGGAGAUGAUCUUCCUGAUGGUCAUUGUGCUGAAGAUUGGAUUGAGCUUCAAGGGCUUCUUUGUCAUCGUGAUGUUCAGAUUUGGGUUCAUCAUGUACCCGGACAUGCACACUGGGUCAAUCAAGAUGCCGACGUCGACAAUUGGGCAGCGCGUUGGAAUGAUCGAGCAGACAGGGAAGCCAAUAUGGCUAUGAAGAUGCAUGGAGAGGAACUACUGCGACUUCAUCAACAACUUUGGGAACAUCAUGAAGGAGAACUUUCUGAUGUAUGCGCACUACAAGCACUUCACUUGGACAUUUUAGAGAAACCACAGCAGAUCCAACAGGAUGAUGGUCACCUUGACACGGGAGGGGAUGAAGGCCAAUAUGACUUGCGGGUUGAGCGUGGUUGCCCCGCAAGUCAUUCUCCGUUAGUUGGCCUUCCCAAUCUAGAUGAUGCCCGUUGGGAGACGAUUCUGGGAUCUUUUGGACAGACCUUUGUGGUGAACUUUGUCCAGGUGAUUCGAAGCUGGGAGGAGGAUGCCAGUGCGGUUACCUGCAAGCUUUCCUUCUUGGAGAUCGCAGUAUUUCUAGCCACAGAAGGCAAGAGAUGGAUUCCGAUGCCACAUUCGACCCAACCGGGAUGUUGGCAAGAUCGAGAUGCGUUCAACUUCAACGAGCCGAACCUGGGUGCGCUGGUCAGGCUUGCAAAAGCCUUCCUACGGAGCAUUGAUCGGCGCUUUUCCCUUGAGAUCAGAUGGUGCAAGGGCAUCAAUCUGAAUUUUUUAGGUUUGUGCACACCCCUGGAUGGCUUAAUUCUGGCCAUCCCAGGAGGUGUUGCAGAACGGUCUAUGGACCACCUGAAGGGUUUCACCAGGCGCAGACCCAUUCGAAAAGCCAACGAUUUGGCUAGGCCAUUCCGCGCCUGA